AAAUGAGAUUUUGAUGCUUUCAUUAAAUUGAGCAUGCCUACUUGGAAAUUUAAGUGAUUGUCCUGAUGAUCUGAAAGUGAUUGGUAAAGUAUGAUUUUUCUGUUAAUCUCUACCUGUUUUGUCUCUGAUAUGGUCAUGUCAUUAGUGACCCUGCUAGUGGGGGAGUUUAUAAACGCUAGCACAUGUCGGCACAUGCUGAUAUGUUUCUGUAAUCCUGCUAGUGGGAGUUAAACGCUAGCACAUGUCGGCACAUGUCGAUAUGUUAUUCGUGACCCUGCUAGUGGGGGAGGUUAUAAACGCUAGCACAUGUCGACAUGUUAUUGAUAGAAUUGGUUCGUUGAGUGACCCUGCUUGUGGGGGUUAUACACCAGCAAACAGUGACCCUGCUUGUGGGGAUUAUACACCAACAAACAGUGACCCUGCUUGUGGGGAUUAUACACCAGCAAACAGUGCGCCUGCCAGUGGGUGUUAGACGCUGGCCGUGACCUAUAGAGGAGACGUCUAUUUCGUUCUCAUAUUGUAUCCGUUUUUCGUGAUUGCACAUGUUGGCAUGCUAUAAGUUUAAUAAUGGGCACUCCAUAUUUACUUACUGAGUUUAUCUCAUAGUUUUUUCUUGUCCACCAUUUCAGGAAGUGAAACCGAGGACGGGGAAACCACGGGAAGUGAUGAGUUAGAAAGCUAGCCAUUUCGAGAUUGAUAUAGAUUUUAGAAAUAAAUCAUGAUCUUGUAUUUGGAGAUUUUAUGAUAUCAGAGAGAAAUUUUAAAGAUUUGAUCUUCAGAUUUUGAUGGUAUCAGAGUAUGAUAUGAUUAAGUUCCGAGCCUUGUGCAUUUGUGGGACCUGUCUCACGAGUGCACGGCGUCUGUCGUGCCUCGGAUUUGGGUUCUGGGGCGUGACAUAAAUGUUA